GAAUCUUGUUUUGUCUACCUAAUGCGUCGGUCUCAAGAAUAACCAUUACUUCAUCGACAGGUUGUGGAUGGAAUUAGAAGUAGAAUAGAACCUUGUUAGGAGGAGGGACUGCAAUUACUGUUUAAAGCCCGCCAUUUAAAAUGAAGUGCUACUGCUACAUGAAUUCUUCGAUGACCAGUACUGCAGAGGGAGGAUUGUGUUGAUAUAGAUAAUGGCAAUCUGAAAAGCCAUUUCUUAUGUUAAUUAAUGACAGAAAUGCAAUAUGCUAGCUUUGUUGUUAGAGAAAGGAGAAGGCAAUUCUGUUCAAUGCCAAUUAGUUAUGUAAAAGCCAACAUCGAAACGAGAGCAGCCUCAGUUGCACAGUUAAACUGUAGAGCAUUGAGAUUGCUGCAAGUUCAAGAAUGGAAUACAAGAGACACAGAGGAAGAUGGCGCAAAGAUGAGGACAAACUCUUCAUUGGUUUUCUGAAACUUUGUAGUCAUCGAAUCAUUGUCUCAGUUUGCGAAGCUAGAACCUCGCAAUUUCCGGGGGGUACCUUGGAAUGGUCCAAACUAAAUUCAUAUCUCAUACUUGUUCUCCUUCUUCCUUCAUAGUUUCUCUGCUAACCAUUUUAGGUCACAAAAUCAUUCAUCGCAACUCAACUGCUCAAUGGCUGUAAGUGGUCUUAAUUUUAUCCGUAAUCCUUCUGUUUCUUUUUUCCUUUCUCCUCUUUGUAGUUGGCAUUCGUGUCUUCUCUUUUUUUUUUCUUCCGGAGUAGGAUGGUGUGACAUAGAUUCUUGUUGUUUUAUGUUAUAGGCCUUCGGAAAGGCCUUGUUGGAAGUUUAUUUUUGUGUUAUAUAUCAUAGCUUUUGUUAAAUUUGUCAAGCAUUCUUUACUAUGCUGGAAGGUAGACAUAUAUAUAUAUAUAUAUUUUUGUUUCACUCAAAAAUUAGAAGUAAUAUAGCAGAUUAAUAAUUGCAACUGCCUCUGCUGCUAACAAUCAAUGUCCCUUCGACAACCAUCAAAUCGGAAAAGUGACUUUGGGGUUGGGAAAGUAAUUUCUCAUCAUCUAAAUCCUUAACAAAUUGUGGUUAAACAGGCGGUGCCUAACUUACCUAAUAUGGGCGUCAAAUUAAUACCUAAACCUAGGAAAUGCUUGCAGGGAGGGUAACUGGUUCCUAUCUUUUAAUUCCCGGCAACUGUUUGGUUUCUAAAAUUAACAGGUCCCUAGUGUUUUACCUAAUGAUCAAGUGUAAAACUAUAGCCUAUAGCUGAAGGUUUCUGAAUCCUUAGAAACAAGAGCUGGUUGUCAAAGUCAUUAUUAUGAGAUGGAAAUAUAUGCAUGUUGCUGAACGAAUGACUUGGUCACAGGCACAGCGACGUUCUCAUGUUCCCAAAUUCGGAAACUGGGAGAAUGAUAACGUACCUUACACAGCUUUCUUUGACAAUGCUCGCAAAGAGAAAGGCGGUGUAAUGAUAAACCCAAAUGAUCCUCAGGAGAAUCCAGAGGCCUUCAUGCACGAAAGUGAAGUGGAAUUGAGUUUUGGUCGGGUCCGUCUGAAUUCAGUUUGUGAAGAAAAGAAUCAGAUGGGUGGAAUUAAGAGGGAGCCUUCUGAAUCUGAUCAACAAAAGAGCUCAAGCCAUAAUAAGAGCAUGACAUCAGAAUGUGGCAGUGAUAGAAGCAGUUCCGAUUACUCGCUGCUGCAGGCUGCUUAUAGACGUGACAGAAAGAAGGGCGUGGCUGGUGGUGAGGAAAUUAACUAUAAUAAUACAUUGUCUACAUCGGCUGUGUCGCAGAAUUCGAGACAGAGAAGAGGAAGCCAUCCAUCUAAUGAAGGACAGCAUCAAAGAACAGCGUCAGUUCCGAAAUUUGGAGCAUGGGAUGAAGCAGAUCCCACUUCGGGAGAAGGUUUUACAGUAAUAUUCAACAGAGUGAAAGAGGAAAAACAAGCUGCAUCUGCGGCAUUCCCAUUCCCAACUAUACCCCAACAGCCAUCCCCGACUUCUACUUCCCCUCCUCCAUCCAAGGCAAGUUUCCCUGUAGCAAUUAAAUUAAUACAAUUGGUUUUGGUGUUUGAUAAUGAAUUGGUCAUUUGUUUUCCAGUUUUGUUGCUGCCUAUUCUCAUGCGGAAGCAAGUGAUGCAAUAUUCUUUUCUUUUUGGCUUCUCAUUCCAAGCCGCAGAUUUGCUUUUUGUUAUUCUUUAUAUCUCACUUAUCAUUUUAGUAAUACAACUAAUGAGAGAUUAUAUUAUAUUUUGUGUAAAGUUGUAUUAUUUUAUAUUUCUCAAUGUAAACUGUUUUUAAUAUCAAAUCCUUUAAUGAUAA